UGUAUGAUCAAUUUUGAGUGCCACUGUAUAUACAGAGAAAUCCGAGGCAUUUGCUUAGCACGUAGUAGUUUUAUAAGCAUUUGCUCCUUCUUUGAGCAAAGUAAAAAUAUGUGAAUAAAUCCAUUUUUGGAUUACUUAUUGAGAGAUGAGAUCGAUUGUAUGAUAUGAGACCGAAAUUUCACGCUCAGUGCUGAAUAUUCAUAAGUUAUAAACUCGAACUUGCUUCCUAUAAUCCAUCUCAUCUCUCAACAGGUCAUCCGAAAAUGGAUGUGUUCACAUAUUUUUUUACUUUUCUCAAAGAAGUAAACAACUAAAAAACUACUAUGUGCUGCGUAAACGUCUCGAACUCCUCGGUAUAUAUAAGUGUUGCAUUCUAUUCUCAUAUAUCGAAAUAGUAUAAAAAAUUCAUUUCAAUACGAGCAACACUUUUGUCGCUGGCUAUUAGAAUAGAACCGAAAAAUAAUUCUUUGUAUGUUUCGAGCUAACAUUCAUGGUGUGCUAGCAUCACCUGACCAUGCAAGGAAAAUGAACUCACUCACUGUUUUCCUUGUCCUCAUCACACGCACUAAUGACGCCUUCGCCAAAAGUCGUUAACACAAAAAGAAGAGUCGCAUUUUGCUUUCUUUUCUCCAUCGAAGAGAUAACCACUCAGCUACUCGAUUCAUAUGUUAUCAGCAUAACAUCCUAUCGCUUUCAUAUCUUUGUGUAUAGUCGCAGAAUUUGAGAAAAAGACAAGGACAACACAUUACAAAUCUGUAACUGACUUAAGUACGUUGCAAACGAGUGCAUAGUGCUGACCUUUUUUUUUCGCUGUUGCCUCGAUCCUCGACAUAGAAUUUAGAGCGGAUCAGUGAUAAACUCAUCCCAGCGGGGUAUAAUUUGAACGACGAUGGACUCUUGACAUCCAAUUUUAGGUAUCCAGGGAUGGGUGCCUUCAAUAAUUUUGUUUAUGAUAAAGAUAGAAGCACAAUAUCACCGGACUAUAGCCAACCGGACUUUUGAAUUUUUGUAGAACUCACUAUAAAAUAGUGAGUUAGUGAGUGUCAGUUUCAAUGCAGAUUCGCCAGCUCCUCCUCCGCCUUUACAGACAUGCCUCUCACAUGGCUGUGUUUGGUAAUACCAAGUUUCUCUUCUUUUACUCUAUAUUCUUUAGACCCCACAGAGUGUGGGUGUCGGUAUGAAUGGAACAUAAUUACAACCACAUCCACACCUCAUACUCAAACCUGCACCCAUCUACACCCAUAACAAUAAUAAUGAAAUUUUCAUAAGAACUAUUUUGCUAUGAUCAAUGACUGCAACAUGAGAACACACUUUGUCUUUGAUGUGUAUUUUCUUCUUCUUUUUUCUCAUCUUUCAUGCCUAGCCAUCUAUAAAUAUUAAGAUUUAGAAAAAUGGUGUCGAUAGAAAAAAAAUAAAAAUAGAGAAAGUAAUUCAUUCAGUUUUUCCUUCAAUUAUUCUCCAGAUCUGGCAUCGUGUGACGUUUGGUUAUUCGAAUUCGUCAAAGAAAAUCUAAAAGAUCAAUACGAUUCCAAAUUGUUUCACUAUGUUAUCAAUAAGUGCAGAUAUCCUUUAAAUAAAAAUAAGUAUGAAAAAAGCUGUUUGAUAAAUGAAUACAAGGAAUGCAAGUGAAUUUGAAUUACUAGUACAAUUAUUUUGAAUAUUUUAUGAUAUAAAAAGACUUUAUGAACUUGUUUCUCGAUUUGCUGUUUUUAUGCUAUCAAAAGAAGAAAAUAUACUUAUAUCGAAGACAAAAUAUCAUCUAAUAUUACUCUCAACUAUCAUAAAAAAUACUCUUACAAAGAUUUUAUAAUGUAGAGCCUUUUUUCACUAUCAGAUCAUAUCGAAAGAAAGUUUCUUGACAUAUUUUUCUAAGGAAUUGAAAUAUCUCCAUCACUAUCGUUGGUAUUCUCGAAGUAUGACUAUUUGAAAUAAAUAUAAUGUAACACUUAAAAAAAAAUACACACCUGAUGUUUUUCUUCGGAGAGACGGAUUGGAUACAUUUAGUUCACAAUAACAAAAAAAAUAAGUAUAAUGAUUUUUCAAGUCAUAGUACUGCAAAUAUUAUUUACAACAACGACUGGCUGUCUGAUCAAAUAUUUCUUGAAUGAGUUCUUAUUGAUCCGAUACUCUCUAUCGUACACCAACUGAUGAUGCAUUAUGUUAUUGGUGUGAUGCAUCAGGUAUACUUGUUUGGCAAGAUAUGCCUGCAGGAGAUUCUUAUGAAUGUUAUGAAGCUCGACGAGAUGUUAAUAAACAAUUAAAAUUACUUCGUAAUAAUAGAGAGAAUGAUUUACUAAUUGUCUCCAAAUACAGAUUACGUUUUCUUCAUACAUCACACAUGGUCUAUUAAAAAAACCUUGCAAGCUACAAUUCACUUUGAAUAUGAAUUAAAAAUAAUCAUUGAUUAUCUUUCAUUUCAUUCAUCAAUUUUUAUUUGGGUAUUAUUUAAUGAAGGACGGGAUCAAUAUGAUACAAUACGUUAAGCAGCAUGGCUAUUAUCGUAUGAUUAAAACCGUUUUAUUAUUCCUGCUAGUGGAUGGUAUGAUCGAAUGGAUAUUGAACGUAGUAGAGAUAUACAUGAUUAUUUGAAAAAAAUUAUAUUAUCAUCAUUUAAUGAUAAAACUUCAGCCUUAUUUAUUAGUGAAUGUGGUGGAUUAGAUUUAAUAAAAUCUGGUUGA